GCCGCAUGGCAACAGGAUCAGAGCCUGGGAGUUGUCUGCCGCUAGGUCUGCUCCCAUUUUAUCGCAUUUCUUCACUAGAUGGUGUGCAAGCCACUGGAGAGUAGGCUGCACUUGCUCGCGCACAGUAGGCUACGGCUCCAACAAAACAAACCUGGAAAACUACAUUAUACGACGCGCCAUUUCUUUAGGCUUUUGAGGAGGAAAGUGUGGGAAUAAAAGCUUUGCUUUAAGGUUUUCAUGCGACUUGGAUAAUAUACAAUCCAGCUGUGAUGGACAUAAUGAUUGCGGUGCAGGAUGUGUGUGUCUCCAGUCAAUGGCUUACCGCUAUAAUUCUCAGUCUGUGCUGCUUUUUGCCUUCGUGCUUACCCGCUGGACAAACUGUGGACUAUGCAUCGAUUGAAAGUGUGGUCACCCGACAAGGCGAUACGGCUCUCCUGAGGUGCACUUCGGAUGGAAUCUCUAAAGGAGCUUGGUUGAACCGUUCCAGCAUCAUCUUCGCAGGGAAUGACAAGUGGUCCGUGGACCCCCGUGUGUCCAUCGUAUCGAGUGGGGGGGAGUACAGCCUGCAGAUACAGAAAGUGGACGUGACUGACGACGGCUUGUAUACCUGCUCUGUUCAGAGCGAGCGCAAUCCAAAGCCAAAGCACCUUCAUCUAGUCGUUAAAGUUCCCCCCAAGAUCUACGACAUUUCCUCUGACAUCACGGUAAACGAGGGCAGCAACGUGUCACUCAUCUGCACAGCCAGUGGGAAACCAGAUCCCACCAUCUCCUGGAGACACAUAACCCCAUUAGCCAGGAAGUAUGACAGUGGAGAAUAUCUAAACAUCACCGGUAUCACGAGGGACCAAGCAGGGGACUAUGAAUGCAGUGCAAUGAAUGACAUUGCCUCUCCUGACACCAAGACGGUGAAAGUCAUAGUCAAAUUCGCGCCAGCCAUCCACGAGAUGAAAAGCCAUGGAGUCGGCCUGGGACGCACAGCUCUGCUGAGGUGUGAGGCUGCAGCUGUACCCACACCAUCAUUUGAGUGGUACAAGGGAGAGAAAAGGAUUAACAAGGGACAAGGGAUUGACAUCAAGAACCUCAGCUCCAGAUCAGUCCUCACAGUGACCAACAUGACAGAGGAUCGCUAUGGUAACUACACGUGUGUCGCUGCCAACAUCCUGGGAAGGGCCAACGCCAGUGUGCCUCUCAUUCCAAUUAUUGAACCCACCGCAACUAGUGCUGUCUCCCGCUCAGCGCCAAACACUGCGCCGUAUGGGAGUACAGGAAGAGCGGAAGUCCUGCUGGCCUGUCGGUACCUGAUCCUGGCUCUCUCCUCCUUCAUCAGUGUGUACUAGUGGAAGGGCAGCCAUACACAAUGACUGUAAAGAGCCCUUCAAGCAUUUAUGAAUCCUUUGACAAUGCUCAUGUCUGGAUCAAAUCUGGUACAGUUUGUUGAAAGCAGUGUGGGAUAUAAUCAGCAUUACUUAUGUGGGGAUGAUCGUUUUAUUUCUGUUGAAUUUCUCAUCAUGUAAAUACUUAAAAAUCGUUAGUUUUUUUUAUUUUGAUUGUCCACUUUGUGAAUCAGUGCUCAUUGUCCCCUUUCAAAGACCAUGAAAGCUCCGAAAUGAGUUAUUUUAUUAUUCUCUCACCAGGAGGUGGUGAUGCGGAAAUUGACAUUUUCAUCUCAGUUUUUGUAAAUGGCUCAAAAGAUGCCAUUUUGUGUCCCUCAAUACAUCAAUGCAUCAUUUCCAUACCAAUGUUGGCCAGUAUUGAAAGUAUACAGGGUUAAAAAGGAAAGCAUCAUUUUAGAUACCAUUCAUUACAAAUGAAGGUUAGAGCAUGGUAGAAUGAUGACAUAUUUUGAGAUGUGCUGUUAUAAUAAUACAAUAACUGAAAUGCUGCGCAAUAGACAUUGGAAAGGGAACAUUUCAGACAUAUUUGAUCUUGGCCAUAUUCUAUUUGAAUCCAGAGCCUUUCAUCACACCCCCAUAACAUGUUCUCUGUCCCAAAUAAUUUUUCCUCUUUUGACUAUUGGAAUAGUACUCUUUCUUUUCAGGCAGGGGUCCUAAAUGUAUGAUAUAACUUGACACUCAUAUUUGACCAGGCAGUGAACAGAGUAGCAAGUGUUUACAUUAGUACUGGUAACAUACUGUAGUCUGGGGGGUAAUAUAAUUUACAUAAUUACCAUUUCAUCAGAAAAUAGCUCACUCAUUUUCAAUACUGAAGGGAAGACAGUUUUCCUCUCUGAGGACAAUACAGUAUAAGUUUACAGUUUUUCAUUUGUAUUUCUAUGGUUUGAGAGAGAUGCGUUUACAAGUUUACAGAGGUCCUGAACAUGAAGAGGAAGACCUCUGAUGAAGGGAUACUUAGGUAUUAGUAAAGAUCUUCCAAUAUAGUAACUUUUAAGACAACAUUUAACACUGACUAACUCUGGAUCUAGAUAGAUGGAAAUACUUUCCAUCCCGAAAUUGACAAAUAACGUUAGCCUUCUAAUUUAAGAUCAAACAUUUAAAUAACCAAAAUGGGAUUGGUAAAUGGAGGAUAAAGAGGAUUUAUGCAUUAUGAUGUGUUUCAGUUUGAGUUUUAUGAAUCAUAUCUUCCAUAGGACAAGGGAAUUAUGUCUGCCAACUUCUUAAAACACAGAUUGGUCUAAUGAACAAAACGUGUACUAUAAAACCGGAGACAACAUAGCCAUCGAGAUAUAAAUCUGAAAGCACAAAUACUGUACUUGCUGUUAUUUUUGAUUGUGUAGUGUUUUGUUUUUAAAAUAUAUAGUGAAGACAUUUUUGUUUGAUUAAUUUUCUGUUUUUAUUAUUUUGUUUUUACUGGAAUUGUUUUCAGCCUGUUUUGUGGUAUAUGAAAAUACUGCACCAUAUAAUCUUGUUUAAAUGUAAGUAUGAUGCAAAAUGGGUCAGAAAUAUAUUUAUUAUCUUCCUUUGUGAAAACACUGUAAAAAAAACAACAACAAAAAAACGAUUUAAAACGUGAAUCUGGAUAUGUGAAAUUAUUUCAAUGAAGCACAGUAUGGCAUAGUUUAUAAUGUUGUCAAUUAAUUUAGAUGCCAUCACUGUUGUUGAUUCUUGUCAAAACAAUAGAUUAAAAAAGAGAUGUUUGCAAUCUAAUUAUCUACUUUUUGAAACUGAGGUGGUGUGAACCAAUAUAACAGUAUUAUAGAAAUGAGUAAAUUGUGUGUAUAUUUGGAGAAAAUAGGAUUCCUUUUGAUCUUAUUGGUAGAGCCGGUGUGUAGUUUAGUUUUCACACACUUGUUUGAUGAUGUGCAGAGAGUAUGAUUGUGCUGCAUGUCAAAAUUAACCUGUGUUUUAAGGUGGCCAGUUUACAAAUAAUCAAUACUUUUAUGGGUAAAACCAGUUUUAAGAAUGUUUCAGCUCUAUGACAAAAAAAGAGCAUUGCAUACUAAAACU